CCGCGGGGAGCGCUGGGAAGCUCCGGUCCUCCGCCACCAUCUUGCUUUCCUUCAAGCCGGCAGUGACAGAGGGUCAGAGCUGUCCUGGGCCAUGAAGCUACUGACGAGAGCCGGGACCUUCUCGAGAUUUUAUUCCCUCAAAGUUGCCCCCAAAGCGAAAGCCACAGCUGCGCCUACUGGAGCUCUUCCACAUCCUCAGGACCUUGAGUUUACCAAAUUACCUAAUGGCUUAGUGAUUGCUUCUCUGGAAAACUAUGCUCCUGCGUCAAGAAUUGGAUUGUUCAUUAAAGCAGGCAGUAGAUAUGAGGACUCCAACAAUUUGGGAACCUCUCAUUUGCUCCGUCUUGCAUCCAAUUUGACCACAAAAGGAGCAUCAUCUUUCAAGAUAACCCGUGGAAUUGAAGCAGUUGGUGGUAACUUAAGUGUGACUGCGACACGGGAAAACAUGGCUUACACUGUAGAAUGCCUGCGGGAUGACGUUGAUAUUCUGAUGGAGUUCCUGCUCAAUGUCACCACAGCACCAGAAUUUCGUCGAUGGGAAGUGGCUGCUCUUCAGUCUCAGCUAAGGGUUGACAAAGCUGUGGCUUUUCAGAAUCCACAGGCCCGUGUCAUUGAAAAUCUACAUGCUGCUGCUUACCGAAAUGCUUUGGCUAAUUCCCUGUAUUGUCCUGACUAUAGGAUUGGAAAAGUAACAUCAGAAGAGUUACACUACUAUGUUCAGAACCAUUUUACAAGUGCAAGAAUGGCUUUGAUUGGACUUGGUGUGAGUCAUCCUGUUCUAAAGCAAGUUGCUGAACAGUUUCUGAACAUGAGGGGUGGGCUUGGUUUGUCUGGUGCAAAGGCCAAAUACCGUGGAGGUGAAAUUCGAGAACAGAAUGGAGACAGUCUUGUCCAUGCGGCUAUUGUAGCAGAAAGUGCUGCUGCAGGAAGUGCAGAAGCAAAUGCAUUUAGUGUGCUUCAACAUGUACUCGGCGCUGGGCCACAUGUCAAGAGGGGCAGCAAUCCCACGAGUCCUCUCUACCAGGCUGUUGCCAAGGGCGUUAACCAGCCAUUUGAUGUUUCUGCAUUUAAUGCCAGUUACUCAGAUUCUGGACUCUUUGGGAUUUACACUAUCUCCCAGGCUGCAGCUGCUGGAGAUGUCAUCAAGGCUGCCUAUAACCAAGUCAAAGCAGUUGCUCAGGGAAACCUUCCCAAUACAGAUAUUCAAGCUGCCAAGAACAAGCUGAAAGCCGGAUACCUAAUGUCAGUGGAGUCUUCUGAGGGUUUCCUAGAUGAAGUCGGGUCCCAGGCGCUCGUUGCUGGUUCGUACAUGCCACCAUCCACAGUCCUGCAGCAGAUCGACUCAGUGGCUGAAGCUGAUGUCAUAAACGCUGCAAAGAAGUUUGUUUCUGGCCGGAAGUCAAUGGCAGCAAGUGGAAAUUUGGGGCAUACACCUUUUGUAGAUGAGUUGUAAUGUUGAAGUACAUAGUACAGGAAAGAGCUGAACAUCUCAGCCCCAAGCAGCAAACACCUGAAGGUCAAAAGUCUAUAAAUAAAAUACUCAUCCUUUUUUGUCCCCAUGGGGUAAAAUCUUUUAAACCAUAAAUACAGAUAAUUAUUCCCAGCUGUCCUAAAGUCAAUAAAACAUUCUGCUUAAA